AUGUCGAGCGCGAUGAAGGCAUCGAAGGCUUCCAAGACGUCCCAUGGUGGCAGCCCGGGCAACGCGUCGCCGACCAAUGGGUCCCAGAAGGUGGUCGGGCCGAACAUCAAAGGAAACCGGGAGGAGUACCAGCUGGUGAUGCACCUUCAGUCCGCCCUCUUCGGCGGAGUCUACGAGGCCAAGGGGCGCUCCAGUGGCAAGGACUAUGCGAUCAAGGUGCUGCACAAGAGCGAGCUCCAGAAGGUGGAGGAGAACGACUCCAUCGAGUUCUGUGAAGUUCCACUAAGCGAACUCAAGUUUGCCGAUGUCAUGAAAGGGCACGAGCACGUCAUGGAAGUCGAAGAGCAUUUCGAAGACCAGUAUUGCCAUUACUGCGUAUUCGAGCUGUGUCGAGGUGGGGAUCUGCUAGAAGCGUUGAAGCAGAAGCCAAUGGGCUUCGACGAGCGGCAGGCGCAGUUCCUGAUCCGACAGGCAGUGCUGGGCCUCGCCCACUUGCACGAUCGAGGAGUGGCGAUGCAGGAUGUUUCCCUGGAGAAUAUGCUGCUAAACAUCAACCCAAGCUCGGGCCACUGGCAGGUGAAGAUCUGCGAUCCUGGUCAGGCUGUGCGGUUCCAGACAGACUCCAACGGCCAGGAAAAGCCCGUAGGCUUUCAUGGACUUGUGGGCAAGUCCUUCCGCCCGCCGGAGCUGCACGACCACAAGCCCUACCUUGCAACGAAGGUGGACUCAUGGUGCUUGGGCUGGAGCACCUUUUACCUGCUUACGGCGCAGCCGCUUUUCAUGAGCGCCGAUCCUGCGCUCAAGGACACCGACUGGCAGCUCUUUAAGAGCGGCAAGUUUGACGAGCUUUUCAAAACAAAGUCACCGAACUUCUCGCCAACUGGAAUUGACUUCAUCUUCAAACUACUGCAGUUUGAGCCUUCCAAGCGAAUGUCAAUUGCAGAUGCCUGCAGCUUGGCUUGGUUGAAUGAUGCCAGCGUUCAACCAGUUCCGGCACCCAAGGAGCUGCUUCCUGACUCUCUGAUCCGAACCAACGAGGUCCAGGUGCCGGCGCCGGUGCCCUCAAAACCCGCUCCGCCCAUUGCGGAGCGUCCAGACUUUAUGGGAGGCUCGCUCUCUGCUAGCAUUCCCUCCAUGACGGCUUCCUUGGGAGCUCCUACCAUUGGGUCACCGAUGAGGCCGAUGACGCACACUCUACCGACCUGGUCCGCUGCGCCAAUACAAGGUGUGGUGUCCACGACCACCAAGAUGGUGGCCCCCCGCACGCCACUUAUGAGAGUUCGAAGUCCAUCGAGCCGAUCCCCACGCCAAAGCUUCGCAGCGGAGGUUCAGCUGGUGCCGAGCGCCGAUCGUCGGAGUCGCGCCUUUCAGCCUCAGCGGAGGUCCCAGAGGCGACACCGGAUCCUGCUUCUUACUUCUCGCACGGGGAGAAUUCCCCAGAGGCUUUGCCUUGGUUCUCCGGAGAAAAAGCCAAAGUCCUGGCCACCGGCUUACGGGGCCUGGGGAUUGCCUUACGUUUUACAGGGUAUGUGGUGGUGGCCACGGCCCAUUCACCAGCUCCCAUGGCACUGCGUGGCACAUCCGGGCGGGCUCUGCCGCACGCCGAUUGCAAACGCUCGAAGCAGAUUGUCAAACUCCAGACCGCGGCCCUCAGCGACAUUGGCUCCAUCGCCGCUGCCGCUGGCAGAAGCCUCGAGCGAACAGCGCGGGAGGCCGCUUUGGGCCUUCGGAGGGCCAACCAAGGAGGGUGCACCGCCGAGAAUGGGCAGCGGCACUUCGGACUUCCAGGGCCCUGCCCGGGCGGCCUCGCCUGUGCCUGUGGCAUCCAUGGCUAUGCCACGGGUUGCCUCGCCGGGGCCCCCUGGCGGCAUCUCCUUUGUGGCCGCGGAUGGAAGAAGGGCUUUGAGCCCCGCGCGCCACGUCGCUCUGCCGGAGAAGCUAUAA